GGGGUCAAAAGGGCGCUGGCAUGUCUCCUUGGAAGUAUCAGUGUGAGGGCUUCCAGAGAAGUUUGUUUAGAGCCCUCUGGAUCCUUACCGACCCCAGGCCCAGGAUGUAGGCAGCCCCCUGACCAUGGGCAGUGAGUGUCCCGAUCUCUGAUCUCAGCCGCCCAGAUGGCCUCUGGACCUCCUAGGCACAGCAGAUCCUUCUUUUUCUCUCUGUUAGAAGUUAGGAGACUUCCCUGGCGGUCCAGUGGUUAAGACGCCAUGGUUCCACUGCAGGGGGCACCGGUUCAAUCCCUGGUCGGGGAAUGAAGAUCCCACAUGCUGUGUGGCGCAGCCUUAAAAAAAAAAAAGUUAGAAACCAUCAGGGGAGGGGUAACCUGCCCACAUGCCGCCCCCCCUUCCUCUGUGGCCUUAAGCGUCCCUGUGGGAGGACCCAAAAGGGCUGAACUCAGAGUCGCCCCAGCUCUCAGAGCCUGGGGUCCCCCAGCAGAAUAGGCCCACAGAAGCCCAGCCUCAGUCGGCGGAAUGUUCUCUGUGGCCAGGGGCCUGUGGUCUCUGGAGUGGCACUGGUGGGCCUGUAGGUUGGGGACAGAGAGUCUCUUGAGGGUGGAGGUGAGGAGGAGGUCAGCCAGGUGGAGGGAUCCAGCAUGAGGCGUCCGUCUGGUUGGAGGGGCCCCAGCGGGAAACCAAGCAGGGCAGGGGGUCAGGGAGGGUGGCUCAGCUGGCACAGGGACCAGAAGCCGGUGCUGCAGGGUCCUUGGUCUGCUCCCGUGUGUGCGCAGUUGGGGAGUGGUUUGGGGCCCUCGGUGCCCACCUGGGCCAUCUUCCAACUGUGUCCUGGGGAGAAGGAUGCGAGGGCACCCACCUGGGCCCCAGAGCGUGGCCUUGGGUCUGGGUGGGGCUGUGGGGGAAGGUGUUUCUAGGUGCUGGGCCAGCACAGCCUGUGAGCCGGCAGCCACGCUGGUGUCAUAAUUGGCCCCUGAGGGGUGUCACUGGCCUCCCUCCCCUGGGGCACUCCGCCUCUCCUGGAGCCAUCCCCAGCUAAGCACCAGAGAUGACCGAUCCCUUUUGUGUUGGAGGAGGCCGCCGGCUCCCGGGGUCCAGCAAGAGUGGGCCUGGGAAGGAUGGCGGCCGGAAUGAGGUCCGACUUCCCAUGCUUCACGACCCACCGAAGCUGGGGCUGCCGGUAGUCCGGGGUGGGCAGACAGCGCCCAGCCAGGCCCCGCUCUGCUUUGACCCGGGAAGUCCAGCCAGCGACAGAACGGAAGGGAAGAAAAAGGGGCGUCCGAAAGCCGAGAACCAGGCGCUCCGAGACAUCCCUCUCUCCCUGAUGAACCAGUGGAAAGACGAGUUCAAGGCGCACUCGAGGGUGAAGUGUCCAAACGCUGGGUGUUGGCUGGAGUUCCCCAGCAUCUACGGGCUCAAGUACCACUACCAGCGGUGCCAAGGGGUAAGGGGCUGCGGCCUGGGGAAGGGGAGGCCCGGGGCCCACCCUGCCCUGGCUGUUGGCUUGGGGGUGUCCACGCCUGCCCUCUCCACCCAGGGUGCCAUCUCAGAAAGGCUGACCUUCCCCUGCCCCUUCUGUGAGGCUGCAUUCACCUCUAAGACCCAGCUGGAGAAGCACCGGAUCUGGAACCACAUGGACCGACCCCUGCCUGCCCCCAAGCCUGGGCCGGUCAGCCGGCCAGUCACCGUCAGCCGGCCCGUAGGGGUCAGCAAGCCCAUUGGAGUAAGCAAACCUGUCACUAUCAGCAAGCCCAUCGGCAUCAGCAAGCCAGUGACGGUCAGCCGGCCCGUGCCGGUCACCAAGCCAGUGACAGUCAGCAGGCCUGUGCCGGUCACCAAACCAGUGACGGCCAGCAGGCCCGUGCCAGUCACCAAGGCUGUGCCGGUCACUAGGCCUGUGCCAGUCAACAAGCCUAUACCGGUCACCAAGUCUGUGCCAAUUGCCAAGCCAGUAACAGUCAACAAACCGGUGCCGGUCACCAAACCAGUGACCAUCAACAAGCCGGUGUCUGUGACAAAGCUUGUGACAGUUACGAAACCCGUGCCAGUUGCGAAGCCGGUGACGGUCAGCAGGCCCAUUGUGGUCAGUAAGCCGGUGACGGUCAGCAGGCCCAUUGCCAUCAGCAGACACACGCCACCCUGCAAGAUGGUGCUGCUGACCAAGUCUGAGAACAAAGCUCCUCGGGCCGCGGGGAGGAGCAGCGGUAAGAAAAGGGCUGCAGACGGCCUGGAUGCCUGCCCCCUCCCGCCCAAGCAGGCGAGGCCGGAGAACGGGGAGUACGGCCCGUCCACCACAGACCAGAGCUCAGCCUUCCCGCUGAGCACAGACCCCAGCAGCAGCCCCCUUUCUCUGGGCAGCAGACCCUUGGGGGGCAAGGAGGCGCCGAGGGCCGCGGGCCCCGUGUCCCUGCCUGAGGAGGGUGCGGAGCGCACGAAGCACAGAAGGAAACAGAAGACACCCAAGAAGUUUACGGGUGAGCAGCCCUCCAUCUCAGGGACUUUCGGACUCAAAGGUGAGGCCUGGACCAGCCGGGCACCUGUGGGGCCGAGCACACGCGGCGGCCGCGCCCUCAGCCUGCACCUGCCCCUCCCGCGUGUGCACGUAGGCCUGGCCAAGGCGGAGGACAAAGCCCGCAUCCACCGCGCCAAGAAGCAGGAGGGGCCGGUCCCCGAGGAGGCGCGGAAGAAGGGGCCAGCCCCCACCAGCGCCGUCAGCAAGGAGGUGCCGGCCCCCGUGGCCCACCCAGCCCCAGGUGGCCCUGAGGAGCAGUGGCAACGGGCCAUCCACGAACGGGGGGAGGCCGUCUGCCCCACCUGCAACGUGGUCACCCGAAAGACCCUCGUGGGGCUCAAGAAGCACAUGGAAGUGUGUCAGAAGCUGCAGGAUGCACUUAAGUGCCAGCACUGCCGGAAGCAGUUCAAGUCCAAGGCGGGCCUCAACUACCACACCAUGGCUGAGCACAGCGCCAAGCCCUCUGACGCCGAGGCCUCGGAGGGGAGCGAGCAGGAGCGGCGGGAGCGGCUGCGGAAGGUGCUGAAGCAGAUGGGGCGGCUGCGCUGCCCCCAGGAGGGCUGCGGGGCCGCCUUCUCUAGCCUCAUGGGCUACCAGUACCACCAGCGACGCUGCGGGAAGCCGCCCUGCGAGGUGGAGACCCCUUCCUUCCCCUGCACCCACUGCGGCAAGACCUACCGCUCCAAGGCCGGCCACGACUACCACGUGCGCUCGGAGCACGCGGCCCCGCCCCCCGAGGAGCCUGCAGACAAGGCCCCCGAGGCUGAGGACCUGUUGGGUGUCGAGCGGACCCCCAGCGGCCGCAUCCGCCGCACGUCGGCCCAGGUCGCUGUGUUCCACCUGCAGGAGAUCGCGGAGGACGAGCUGGCCCGAGACUGGACCAAGCGGCGGAUGAAGGACGACCUGGUGCCCGAGACCGCACGGCUCAACUACACGCGGCCCGGCCUUCCUGUGCUGAACCCCCAGCUGCUGGAGGAGUGGAAGAAUGAGGUCAAGGAGAAGGGCCACGUCAACUGCCCCAACGAUUGCUGUGAAGCCGUCUACUCCAGCGUGUCCGGCCUCAAGGCCCAUCUGGCCGGCUGCAGCAAGGGGGACCACCUGGUGGGGAAGUACUGCUGUCUGCUGUGUCCCAAGGAGUUCAGCUCCGAGAGUGGCGUCAAGUACCACAUUCUCAAGGCCCACGCGGAGAACUGGUUCCGCACUUCGGCAGACCCGCCUCCCAGACACAAGGGCCCAGACUCCCUGGUGCCCAGGAAGGAGAAGAGUCCGGCUGGUGGGAAGAAGCGGGGCCGCAAGCCCAAGGAGCGACCCCCUGAGGAUCCAGCCCCUGGGACGCCUCCCCACCGGGACGACUGGCCCCCAGGAGGCAGAGACAAGGGGGCCCGGGGCUCUGCUGGCCGGAAGGUGGGAGCCGGCAAGGCGCCCGAGAAGUGAGUUCGGAGCCUGGCAGGUGGGUGGGGCCCGGCCCCCUCUGUCCAGGGUGGGGCUCCAGAGCCUCCUGCCCUCCAGGUCUCCACCCCCCACCCCUGCCUGUUCAUCUGUCCAGCGGGGGCGGCCAGCCCUCUCCCCUCCCCGAGGGUGGCCCUGCCCCACGCGGGCUGCCGCAGGGCACCUUGGGCUGGGGCUCCCGGGAGGGCCAGGGCAGCUGCAGAAGUGCAAUAGUCUGGAGGGACCUUCACGGGCCGGCAAGAGGAAGGGCUACAGCCUGGGCUUCGGUGCUGGGGCGGCAUGGAGCAGGCAGAUGGCCUUCUGGUCCUCGGCAUGUGAGCUCCAUGCCCCAUCUGCUUUCUCGGGCCCAAGGCUCGGGGGUCCCUGGUGGCCCAUGGUUCUGGGCUGAUGAGGGUACCUGAGCAGCCUCACCUCGUGACCCGACACUGGAGCCCCGGCACCCCCCAGCUACCUCCCGGGACAGGCCCCAAGUCUGACAGCUGCCGUGCUGACCUGCCCGCCCCACUGCACCCCAUCCCCCCCACCCCCACCCCGCCAUCUUCUGGUUCCUGCACUUCCGCUCUCUACCUCUCCAGGCCCACCCUCCCCUGCGGUGCAGCCCCUGCUGUGCCCGGGCGCUGCCCCACUGGCCCGUGUGCAGCAUGGUGGCGGAGGCAGCCCUGCUGCACCGUCCCCAGUAGCGCUCCCCACUGGGGGCCAGGCGGAGGCUCUGCUUCUGCCACUGCAGGGCUGUGGAGCAGAGGCCACGUGAAGUGAGCUCUGGCCUCAGCCUCCAGCUUCGCUAACGCCGCUGGCCCAAGUCGGGUAGCCUGAUGGGUUUAGGGAUGGGCCAGUCUGGGUUCCGGGGUCACCUGGGGCCCACGGGCAUGAGGGGCGGGGACCUGGGGCCUGGCUCGAGUAGUGACCACUGUGGGAAGCAGCCUCUGUCGCUGGCCUGGGUUGGCCCAUGGCCAAGCUCCUGUGGGAGCCUCCUUCCCCGUUUUUUACCUGCUCCUUCGUUUCUGGUUGUGUGGCCUUUUGACGUGAGAGCCGAAGGCCAGGGGGAGCUUGGCCAAGGUCACAGUAGGUUGGUGGCAGCUCCAGGGCUCUGUCUUGGCUCCCUUUGGUGCCCUGAGGGCAGCGAGGUCUGUAGGUUGGGUCAGGUGGCGUCCAGGGCACCCUGAGGAUGCGGCCACGUGGUUUCUGACCUCCUGCCUGGGCCCCACCUUCCAACCAUGGCAUCGCUGGGACAGGGAGGGUGCUCAGAGCUGCUGCGUUUGGAUGGAGGCUGUUUUCCACGGGGGGGUGGGGGUGGGCUGAGGGCUCGGCCUUGCCGACCCUGGAUGAUGUGAAUUUUGAUAUUUGCCCGUGUGCGUGUGUCUCCUGGGUGUAGUGGAUGCCAGUCUUGUUGCUGUGACAAGUAACAAACCUUUUUUUUAAUUCUGUUUUUUAUACGAAAACUCACAACAAUCUGACAUUUUGGUGCUAAGGGUUUCCUGGUGCCGACGGUGGAUCUGGGGGCUGGGCUGGGGUCCCUCUCCUGCUCAGGGAGGCGGUGCUGACUGGGCACCCCUCUGCCCCCCAGCUCCUGUCCUCCUCCAGCCCCUGGCGAGGAGGGGCUGCAAUCAGGCUCAGCUCUCCUCACCCUGCGCUAGGGAGACAGUUUCCAGGAGGGCUUUGGGGCCGAGGCGCCGUGCUGCCCGUCUCCGGCUUCUUCCUUCAGCCAGAAUGCUCUGACGCCAGGCAGUCCUGGCCUGAUGUGCUAGGGAGGGGGUGUGGAGAUGUGGACUCCCCCGCCACUCACACGCACCUGAUCUGAUCAGGGGGUGGAGGCCUGGGCAGGUGCAGGUAAUCCAGCAUCAAAGGCUGAGGCAAGCAGCAUGACUUCGGGGCAGGAGGGCUUUCUUUCCUGUGUUCCUGGGUGUCACUGGGGUGCAGCUGGUGGAGGUAGAGGUGGGUCGGGCAGCCACUGCAGGGGCAGCUGCCGGGGGGAGGGGUAGGGAGCAGGCACUGAUGGGAGCCCCACGCGCACUUUGUCCUUGUCACCAAUGGUUGGAGGAGGUUGGACCUCAACACCUCUGCUGGGGAUAGCUGCCUGCCCCGGCCUCUCAGGUACUUGGCCCUUGGGGAGCGGGGGCUGGUUUUGGCUGGGGGAUGCGUUUCAUUGUCACCCCCGAAAGUCCACGUGUGGUCCCUGGCGUGGGAACCCCACCAGAUAUGUGGGAAGAGGUGGGGUCCUGGGUAACUUGAUGUUUAGCACUUUAACCCCCUUCUUUGUCUUUAAGGUGGGCGUGGGGACUGCUGCCAAAAGUGGCGCUGGGUUGGACCCCUCUCUCUCCCCUCUCCCCUCCCGGCUUCCAUGCUCUGGCUGGUGGGUGGCAGCAGCAAGCUGGUCCUCAGAGCCCUCCUCCUACGGUGGCAGAGCCCUGGGCGGCUCAGCAAGAUCUGCCCACUUCCCACUCUGGUGGGAGUGCAGCCAGGUAGCCUUGACUGACACCUUCAAUGAGAGGGACUGAGCGGCAGACACCCGCCUCCGUGCGGUGGGUGUGGACCCUGCCUGAGACCCCAAACCCAGGGCACAAUGUCAGGUCCCUUUCUGAAGAUCUACCUCUGGCCCAGCCCACGCCCCCUUGCCCUGAGAACAGGAAAGGGUCGACUCAAGGGACCGACACGUCACACGAAAAUAGGAUGCGCUUUUGUGCUCAUGCAAGGGCAGAUGAGUGUCCCCUGGUGUGAGUGGUGGCCCUCCCAGCCGUAGGCCCCUCCUGUCCCUCUGGUUUGGAAGGGAAAGAAUGGGUGCACCCUGACCCGUAGAGGGUCCCCCUGGGUGGGCCCCAGGCAGCUGUCCUGGAGGCCUGGGGUUUUGGCGGCAGCCGGCACCUCCUGCCCGGCAGCCACACGUCCUGUACUUGGGGUUUCUUGGUUUGGGUGUUUUAAUGCCAGUUCUCCGUAAUAAGUGCAUUUCGAAAGAGAGGUUCCGGCUAUCAACUUGUAACCAUAUAUAUACGUAUAUAUUCUAUCUACAAAGUGUUUAUUUGCAAGAUGUUUUGACGGUGAGCUCGGGCCCUGCCCGCCUUGUGACCAUCUGUCCCCGGUCCUCGUCCCCGCACCCCGGCCCCAAGUGGCACGGGGGCGGGCCAUCAACUGUAUGUAUUAAAAAUGACUGUAUCAAAUAAAUGUUUAUUGAUUUUUUUCCA